AUGCGAAAAAUUCACCUGUUAAGACAGGGUCGUCAUAUUUACAACAAUUUGUCUGACUUAAUAUCGCCACCGGCUACAAUUAUUUGCUUCUACUAUGAAAUUGUGCGCGAUAGUGCGCCACAAAAAACUAAAGCUGCGCUUGGCUCGAGCAACAUUGUCGAUAAAGAACCGAUUACGAAAUAUCUUGCAAUAUUGGAGCUGGAUGCGCCUCGAGAGCUAGUUGAUCAAACAAUGCAAAGAUUUCUUUGCAAUACAAAGUGGAAACCCAUAAUGUUAAUGCAGUUUAAAGGCUCUGAUGCGAACGCGCGUUCCGAGCUAUUACAACGAGCUUAUAAAAGUAUCGCGGGACGAAGAGGCGAGUGGCAGAAAUUUACAGUGAACGACAAGCCGAAAUCCACAAAUCCGGCGAUACAUAUAAGCGUACCUCUCAAUUCACUAAAUACUGCUCCACAUGAAAAGCUAUAA